AUGGACGUCACUCAGUGUGAAUAUGGAGAUUUUACAGACGGAAAUUUUACCUACUUGCUGGCAACAUUUGAGUUUCAGCGUAACAUGCAUUUCCACGUACUUACCAGCUACAUACCAAGUUCACUCGUCGUUGUCGUAUCCUGGGUUUCUUUCUGGCUUGACGUCAAAGCAGCUCCUGCUCGAGUCGCGCUCGGUGUGACGUCACUGUUGACAUUAGCGACCCAGAUGGUUCAGUCACACUUGUCCCUGCCACCUGUCUCCUACGUCAAGGCUUUAGAUGUUUGGAUGUUCUUUUGUCUCUUCAUGGUAUUUUCAUCCCUAAUGGAAUAUGCAUGCGCCUAUACGUUAGCAAUUACUUCAUCUAACAAAAAACCAUCUCAGCCAGGUUUCAAUCGGAUGGGAUUUCAAAUUAAAAGAAAUGUGAUUUUUCAUGCCUCAAACACUAAAGUUAAAGAUAUUACGGAAGUAGCUACUGGACAAGAAGUUGAACACGCGCCAAAAUCUUCUACUAAACAUUCCCGGGAAAAUACUAUUCCUUCUCUGCAGCCCAGCUACGUGUCUACAACAAUUAUUGAUUACAUUUCUAGAAUACUUUUUCCUUUUUCAUUUGGAGUGUUUUUAAUAGUUUAUUGGUCGAUUUAUGCAUAAGAUUAGUCAAAGAAACAAUUUGGAUAGUUAUUUUUUUUCUCAAUUAAUUGUAGACACAAUUAAAGUUUACAUCUUUAAUUAUUGUUGCACCAACCAAGAGUUAUCGAAACAAAUACUAACAAUAGUUCCUUUAUCCGGCCAAUUCGGUCUUUUAGGAUUACAUAUUUCUUGGGUAGGACGAAGAUUGCAAAUGUU